GACUAAAGUAAAAAUCAGCUGAAAAUCAAAAUGUCUGACGGUGAUUCAUGGAAGUUGUAUAUACUGAGAAAACUAAGAGAAAGGAACAGCAAAGAGACUAGCUGCUUCAAAGAGCUCAUACUAUCACACGGGCGGCUGUUUGAUCAAGUGGAGAACCUAAAGAAGGACAUCACUAGACUGGAGUACCAGAACAAUGAACUGGAGAGGGAUCUAAGAGAAGGAGGGGGCAGUACAGGAGGAGGAGCUAAUAAAUUGAACAAACGAGUUGAGGAUCUUCAGGAGAGACUCUUAACGAGAACUGAUGAGGUCUCUGAGGCUUGUCGGGCAACAGCUGAUGAUCCUUUCCCAUUGUUUUCUGGAGAGAGAUUACCUGAGAGUGGCAGUGCAACUGAUUAUUCUCGUGCUAUUAAGCGUCUCCCAACCAUAAAAGCAGAUCAUGGGAUACACUUGAGUGCUCUGGUUGAUAUGGAGGAGACUGAUACUGCUCCAGCUCGUAAGGCAGGGGAUGAGUGGCAGCUGAGAGGGCCAUUGACCUACUUAAGCCGGAUUUACAAUAUGACGCUAGGCCAAUGUAACGUCAAUUUUUAAUCAAAAGCGUAGGCG